AUGUGCAUGGAUGACGAGUGCGCGCUUAAGUUGCGGCUGCAAGCUGACGGCUUCGUUGCUCUCGGAGCGCUAAUGCUUGAGCUCUCACCGAGUUUGGGACCCCAUCCGCUUUUGGAAGAUGAUGUCGAAGGAAGCUUCGAAUGUCAGGCGAGGGAUGUGCAGCGGGCGGCUGCCAGGUUGCUACGGUUCCUAUUCGCCGUGGAGCGGAAUCGCAAGGCAUUUAAGCACAUCUUUGCCGUCGAGAAGCUCCUUGCACGCUUUGUCGACAUCGGCAACUAUGUUUGGCCUCUGGAGGCGUACGACAGCUUUUUGGAAGUGUUGAACGGCUUGACAGAGAAAGAGUUAACGUUCCUGCACACCCGCUUCGGCAGGUAUAGAGAUUUCUACAGCAAGGGCAGAGACAUGCCCACUCUUGCAGUGCCUCAGCCAAAGACUGCUGAUGGCACGAAUUCACCGAAUGGUUUCCGUGAAGGCACGCGAGAUGAGUGGGACUGCGAGCGAGUCAUCGCUGGUUAUGAGCUCGUGGAGUGUGUUGGCUCUGGUGCUUUUGGCCGUGUCCACUUAGCACGCCGGCCUGACAUGCCAGGCGACUUCGCCGUGAAGGAGAUCCCGCUUUCGGAAGUCACGGUCUUGCCUAACCCGGCGCAGCAUGAAUGCACACCCAAAGCUCACAGCCCUCAGAAUGCUCCUCAGGAAGUCGUUGCGGAGGAUAUCAACUUGGAAGUGCAUCUGCUCCGACAGCUGGAUCACCCAAACGUGGUGCGGUACUUCACCUCCUUCAUAACGGGUGCCGGCCCGGCAAGCACCCUUUGGAUCGUGAUGGAGUUCUGCAGCGGGGUGCCGCUUCAGGCCUUGACAGCCUCUGCCAAAGAGAAAGGCUUGCAGAAGCUUCCAGAGCAGCAAGCGUGGCGGAUUUUUGUACAGAUCUGUUUGGCGCUACGCUAUCUGCACAUCGACAAGCGGAUCGCCCAUCGCGAUCUUUCUCCCAACAACGUCCUGGUGCAGUCGCACUCGCUGGCUGUGAAGGUUACUGACUUCGGACUCGCACGUCAGAAAGGCGGUGCCGCCUCCCUGAUGAAGUCCAUGGUGGGUACAAUUCUGUACUGCAGCCCAGAGAUUGUGCAGCACAGACCUUACACGAACAAAGUUGAUGUGUGGGCUCUGGGUUGCCUUCUAUACCGUAUGGCAACUCUUCGAGAUCCUUUUACAGGAGGCAAUCCCAUUAGUGUGGCGCGGAAGAUCGUGGAAUGCGACUACGAGCGUCUUGGAUCUGAGCACUCGCAGCUCAUGCAGGUUACUUGCGAGGAGUGCCUCGCAAUCGAUCCUGAGAAGCGCCCCGGAAUCGAGGAGGUGUGUCAGCUGAUUACGCCCGCCUUCAUGCAGCAGCUGGAGGCUGUGCAACGAAACAUGACCUCGUACUGGGGCAGUGACAUGCAAACUAUGCAGGGCAGCCAUUACACGGGUACUUCAGUGUGGGAAGAUGACGGGAGCGUGCAGGGUCGCUGCACGCCCACAGAAUCCCCAUCACCUCGAACGCCCAGUGAGGAGUUGUCAUGUCCGACGCCCGGGCCAGGUGGUAAAAACCUCGUGCGUGUGCCGAGACGUGCCUUGCGUACUGUAACGGAUCCUGCUCAAAAGGCCAUGGCGGUCGUGCACCGCUUGGCCUUCUUGGGCCACUUGCCGGGCUGCGAUGAUUCGCAAGACUCGCAUCAUUGGGCAGUUUGCCGGUACCAAGAGUGGCUCUUUUCCAGCCCAAGCCAUGCAGCUAUCCUGAAGCGUGAGGUUACAAGGCUGAUGCAGAGAUCUGCGGAGCCCGUGGAGUGUCGUGACACCUUCGGGCAGCCACCUCUGCGUGGAAGCGCGGGUGCAGACGUGGCCGCCCUGGCUCUGAGCUAUGAGCAGCUCUACCAGUACGUUAUCCGAGUGUCUUCCUUCUAUGGAUACUCCUGUGUUCCAGAAACAGGACCACCUUUGUCCUCAAUGCCGAGCGUCGGGAGCCACAACAGCGCCGGUUGA